AAUUAUUGGAUAAUGAAUUGCCUGCUUAGGUCACAAAUAGGAAGCGGAUUAAUUGACAUCUGCCAACCAUAGCUUUUGUCGCUUACAAUGCUCCUGGAGCCGUCCUUAUAUUCUAUUAAUAGCAUACUCAUCUUAGAUAGUGAAGGGAAGCGCAUUUUAACGAAGUAUUAUGACUCAUCGUUUCCAACCGUUAAGCUUCAACUCGAAUUCGAGUCGAAACUCUUCAAAAAAACAAGCAAAACUAAUGGCGCGGAAAUCACGUUGCUGGACGGCGCGACCUGUGUUUAUCGUAACGUGGGCGAUCUUUACUUUUAUGUUGUUGGGGAUGCUAACGAAAACGAAUUAUUACUCGUCAGUGCCCUUCAAUGCUUGUACGAUUCUGUCAGUCAAGCUCUGAAACGAUCAGUCGAAAAGAAAACACUGAUGGAUAAUCUAGAUUUAAUUUUCCUUAUAGUUGAUGAACUGUGUCAUAAUGGCAUACUUUUAGAGUCCGACGCAACCGCCUUAGUGUCUCGAGUUGGUGCAAGGACAGACGAUAUCCCACUUGGAGAGCAAACGGUAGCACAGGUAAUUUUAGCUCCUUUUCGCUAGUAUCUACGUUGAGUAGGUCAGUCUAUGUUUAACAUAAUUUCGUUGUAGAUGUAACUUUAAGUGCGAUUCCUUUAGUCACUACUUUUACAUGAUUUGGUCUCAUAUGAUGAGGUAAAGUGGAAAAAUAAGCCUUAAUAUACAAAAACCAACGAUAUGAUAUACUGUUAAACGCUAAUGGUUUUUCAUCUGUUGAAAAAGCCUGUUUUAUUGCAGUGAAAGGUCACCGACAUAUUGACGGAAGGUUUCCAGUUUGGUUUUCUACUCAUCUGUCAACUGUUACUGGUGUAGAUUCACAACAAAUGCUGCUUCUCUCAUAAGCAGUGUGUUGAGUAAGUGUACCAGUUCUUGAGUUUAAAAAUAGUUGUUUGAGAAACGUGUCUGCCGAAAAACUGCCACAAAGUUUGCUUUUAACCAGCUCAAGUCUAUUCGCUAACUAGAUCAUAAUCACUCAUCUUUAACGUAAAGCCUAGCACAGAUGUGUGUGGACCAAAGUUCUCAUGUCCCAUCAGUACAAGCGUGAACGACAACCUUGCUGUGUUCAUUUCAUUAGAUAAUUUUUAGUCAAUUGUUUUUAAAAUCAAAAUACAUAAAAUUCUUCUUUUUCACAACAUACAGGCUAUCCAAAAUGCAAAAGAACAAAUACGCAUGUCUUUAAUCAAGUAGUUCAGUGAAAAGGAAAUACAUACUUAUUUUCACUGUUUUUUGAUGGGAACUAUGGGUCGGUAAUUGAGUAAUAACUUUUGUAUCUACUCCAACAUUUGUCACAUUACAGUUGUUCAUAUUUAGCAAGUCUUUUCGCACAUACCCUGGUCGCUGCUGGUGAAUUUUUACACUAAGCUAACUAACUCAUCAAGCUUUAUUUUUGUGUGUGCAAUAGCAAACACUAGCUUACAUCAUAUUCUGGCGUUCGUAAAGUACACUUCAAAUCAUUUCGUUGACAACUCAUGGUAAAGGAUGAGCACUACAACAUGGGGUGUUGUUAAGUCACAAAAUCAAAAGUUCUUAGCUGGGUAGACCACUUAAGGCUUUCUAGUUAAGUAUGGCCGUGCAUAUCCAGUUUUCGUUUGUUUUCAAAUUUUCUCAGUGCAUGUUUCACGAGUAACUCCGCUGACGCUCAGUCACUAUCCAGAGUAGCGUUAAGCCUUAGAACACCGUCAACAGUAAAUAACCAUCAGUCAGUCAGUCAGUAACAACGUAGAACUUCGUACAUACGUACAUCAAUUCGAGUUGCGAUACCACAUUAGCACAGAGAUGCAGUUGUCGAUUCAAAUCCCAUAGUGGCAGAGGUAGUAGUACGAGUAUGAGCAGUAAUCGGGAAGAUUAGGGUUUGGAGAUGUUAUUUAAAGAGUAUAAUCCAGUGAAAUAAAUUUGGAAAGAGGAAAAAAGGGACAUGAAGAAUUCAGAAGAUUAGAAUUUGGGAGAACACAGAGUGGAUGAACUUGCGCCAUUGCAAACGAUUUUGAGCCAUGUCAUUCAGGGUCUCUAACCAUCGAUUGCUAUCAUCUCGCGGUCCCCAACCAGGUAGUCUACACCUACCAACAUGACUCAGUUCACUUGUCAGUGACUUCAUGGACUUGUGCCAUGUUUUGGUCUAGCCGCCCCUAGCUUUCUUCCAAUCUACUCCUAUACAACAAUACAUCACACAUCGAGGCAGUCGGUCGUUGGGCAUACGUAACACGUGUCCCAGCCAUCUCAACUGAUGAAGUUUCACUACUUCAUCAAUUGAUUUGCCAUCCUUACCUAGUACCCGUUUCCUAACAACUGCGUCACUUACUCGAUGGUCCCAGGAUAUACGAGCAAUGUUUCGAAGACACCUAUGAUCGAAUACUAGUAACCUACGAAUAUCCUCUACUCUUACCGGCCAUGUUUCACUGCCAUAAAGUAGGACGGAACGAACUGCUGCGCAGUAAACACGUCCUUUGGUUGGUAGACGGAUAUCUCGCCUACGCCAUAAAUGACGCAAGUUGGCGAAAGCUAGCCAAGCCUUCUGUGUCCGUGCUGAGAUUUCGUCACACACAAGAGCUGGUGAGACUUCCAAGAUAAGUGAAGCGGUCGACACGCUCAACUACUUCACUCCCUAUCAUUAGUUCGGGUGUCGAUGCAACCCAAUCCUGAAGCAACAUUUUGCAUUUCGAGGGAGAGUAUCGCAUCCCGAACAUGCUUGCAUUGUUGCUUAGAGUGGUCAGAAGACUGCAUUUUGUCCGCGUCUUCACCAAAUAGAACUAUGUCAUCGACAUAUUCCAAGUCGACAAGUGAAUCUCCUGGUAGAAGUUCAACCCCUGGAAAUUUGGAUGAGGAAAGUGUUAUCUCUAAAAGUACGUCGACGACAAAGUUGAACAAGAAUGGAGAGAGUGGGCAGCCCUGACAAACACCACUUGAGGUAAUCAAUUCUGAUGACAGUUCGCCAUAAGCUCUCACUCGACCAGUUGUGUUCGAGUAGAGAGUCUUUACAAGGUUAAUGUACUUCUUUGGUACUCCUUUCACUGACAAACAUUGCCAUAAAACCUCACGAUCAACGGAGUCGAAUGCCGCCUUAAUGUCGAGAAAUACUACGAUUGUGGGGCGUAUGAACGUGUGUCUGUGUUCUAAAUAACCAUAGUCCCUACUGUGUUUCGGGAUUAGGCUGUCAUUUAGUUCUCUACUGGAAGAUGAAGUUAGAAACUAUUAAUCCACUAGUCCUUUUCGAUAUCCGGAUAAUGUGAAACAUUCUUUUUGAUAUCUUACCCCUACAAAUGUAAUCCGAACGACAGGAUAUCCAAACAGUCUUGCUUGACUACAACUCUUAUCGGUUUGUAGUUACUGACCAUUAAUAGCCAUUCUGAAAACUUGAUUAUACUAUGGAAAUCUGUCAAAAUUUGUUCACACAAUGAAAACUGAAGACGAAAUUCCUUAGUAUACAAUAAUUGGAAUGAAACAAGAUUAUUGGCGUAUGCAUCAUUUAACUACGGAACGUUAAACUCGGUCGGUUAUAUAUUUUUUCUAACGAAGUAUUUUUGUCUAUGUGUUACGCAUAUCAAAAGUACUUACGCCUGCCACCCCUUGUGGAGGAGCAUAGGCCGUCCACCAACAUUCUCGACCGAACUUUGUCCUGGGCAACCCUUUCCAGUUGCUAUGCAUUUUUUGAUGUCUGCUUCCAACUCCCGACGCAAUAUGUUCUUUAGCUUUCCUCUUUCCCUUAUCUCUUCAGGAUUCUAAGUUAGCGCUUGCGUCGUGAUACAAGCGCAACGAUUUAUUUAGAUACAUGGGAUGUCCACAUCAAAAGUAAAUGAUUUCAAAACUUCAGCACCAGUGUAAUCCACAUAAUCUUAUUGAUUUAUAAACACGUUAAGUUACGUCGGGGAUAACGAGUGCACUUCAGAGGUGAAAAAAGACUCAUUCAAAACAAACAUAUUUAUCAAGUUCAUACACAAAAAACACAACGAAACGAUAUUUUAUUGCUGACUAGAGGUAACACGCAAUAAAUGGAUAUUUCUGAACGAAUUACUAGGUGUAGUUAGAACAUCGGCCUUGAGACCAUAUUUCUUAAACAAAACUGAGAGGUCUGUAAAAGAACUGCUAUACAUAAGCUUUUUUAAAUGAGGUUACCUCCGAUUUUCGAAAGAAAGAAGUAAAGAUGCAUUGUUGUUUACUCUUAGUUGUAAAGUUGCAGUCUUCAAAAACGGUUCAUAUACUAAAAAUGAGACUAGAAUGAUGGACUCACCUUCCUUAUCAUACAAACAAUCUGAUGCUAAAAUGGUAUCGAAGAUCCCACCUGACCAGUCGAGGGGAUAAUUCCAAUCUAAUGGAGUAAAAUCAUAAUUUUUGAUUCCAUUCAGCUGAGCAUUAAGAUGUAGUUUAUCCGAAUAUGUCGUGUCUUUAUCAGUGAAUCGAACAUGAAGAGCCCCGAGAAUAGCUGCAGUAAUUCCACAAAGUCCUGUGCCAGCACCGAGCUAUAAUAUAUCAGUGUUAUUGAACAAAACCUAACUUCGAGAACUCGAAGCCCUCUGACUACCUCAGGAUACUUCACCAGAAAAUCAGACAAGGCUUCUGCACACUUCCAGGUAUAGUGACCAUAACCCAGGGAAGAGUUCACUAAAAUAAAUUACGUUAAUAUAAUCGUACCUGAUGUAUAUAUUUGUACUUUGAUCCCUUGAAAUUGAAAUAUCUGUCUCUUAGUAUCGACCUAUAUACAUGUAAAUAUUAAAAUAAAAAUUUUAGUUCGGU